AUGCCUGCAAGGUUCCCGGAGAGUCCGAGGAAUAAAAGGGGCGCCACAUUCUCUCUUGGGAGAGCUCCAGCUCGGCAGGACCUUUUACCAGGAUCCCCGAGAUCGCGCUUGUUUAGGAACCCGCCCCCCCCCCCGCCUCCACCCCAUCCGAGGACACGCAGCCAGGCGCCGGGUGGGGGUGGGGGGGCUGCCGCGGUGCGCCCUCCCCGGGACACGCGGGCGCAGACCGCCAGGUGCGCGGGGAGCGGCUCCCCAGGCGCGCAGCGAGCCUGCGGGUGGCAGGGAGCGGGCGCCCCAGGGCACGCCCGCGCCAGCUCCCACGCCCGGCUCCGCCGAGAGCUGGCGAGCCCGGGAGCGGCCGGCUAUAUAAGUCACCCGGCGCGGGCAGGGCGCACGGGCGCCGCCAGCCUGCGCCCCUGGGUCCUCCUGGCACUAGGGCGCGAAGGCGGGAGGCGCGGCCCGGCUCGGCCCCUCUGCUGCGCUCCGCCUGCAGCCACGGCCGGCGCACCGCCUCCCGCGAAGUCAGGGAGCCGCUUUACUGUCCCGGCGGGACAGGAGCGGAAAGGCAGGGAGAAAUUCCGCCCUGUGGGCGCCCGCUCGUCGCUUCGCUCUUUGCGCGAAGAUGGCGGCCCGACAGCCUCGGACGUGCCCCCGACGAUGCCGGUCAAGAUCUUCUCUGCUGGCGUGGCGGCCUGUGUGGCGGAUGUGAUCACCUUCCCGCUGGACACGGCCAAAGUUCGGCUCCAGAUCCAAGGUGAAUGCCACACCUCCAGAGCCAUUAGGUAUAAAGGUGUCCUGGAUACAGUCACCACUCUGGCAAAAACUGAAGGGCCAAUGAAACUCUAUAGUGGGCUGCCUGCUGGUCUCCAGAGACAAAUAAGCUUUGCCUCUCUUAGGAUCGGCCUCUACGACACCGUCCUGGAGUUCUUCAGCACAGGGAAAGAAACAACAGCUAGUUUAGGAAGCAAGAUCGCAGCUGGUCUGACGACUGGAGGAGUAUUCAUUGGGCAACCCACAGAGGUCGUGAAGGUCAGACUUCAAGCACAGAGCCAUCUGUAUGGUCUCAAACCUCGCUACACUGGGACUUACAAUGCUUACAGAAUCAUAGCGACAACGGAAGGCCUGACAGGCCUUUGGAAAGGGACUACUCCCAAUCUGACAAGAAAUGUCAUCAUCAAUUGUACAGAGCUAGUUACAUACGACCUAAUGAAGGAGGCCCUUGUGAAAAAGAAACUCCUAGCAGACGACUUACCCUGCCACUUCGUGUCAGCUCUUAUUGCUGGAUUUUGCACAACAGUCCUGUCCUCGCCAGUGGAUGUGGUAAAAACCCGAUUUGUUAAUUCUCCACCAGGACAGUACACGAAUGUGCCCAACUGUGCCAUGACAAUGCUCACUAAGGAAGGACCGUUGGCUUUUUUCAAAGGAUUUGUACCUUCCUUCUUGCGACUUGGAUCCUGGAACGUCAUUAUGUUUGUGUGCUUCGAACAGCUGAAACGAGAACUGAUGAAGUCAGGGCAGACCGUGAACUGUGCCACAUAAUCACCUUCAGGAAAAAGUGGUGACAUACCAGUGGGAAUCUUUGCUGACCGGGUAACUCAAACACGAAAACAAAACACCUAUUCCCUUUAUUUCACCCUAAGCAGAUAAAGGAAUUCUGAUACAGAGUUUUGGACUUUUUAAAGAAAAGUUAAUAUUUAUUUCUUGUGACUUUUAUUCUCUGUGUUUUUGGAAGGAGAAAGCAAAAUGCUCAGUACGCAGUCUGGCACAUGCAAUGUGCAAAUAAAUAAGUGACUGUAUUUGAUUGGCUCUUUUGAGAAGGUGGGAGUCUCGCGAUUGAACAUGAAGAAAUUUAACAUGCUUUAAUUAUAGUUCAAGUUGACAGGAGAGGAAAACUGAGUGGUGCAUUUUAUGUUUAUAAACACUUAAACAUGAACAGUUACCAAGGAAAAUGCUAUUUCCAUUUAAUGUAUUAACCCAGUGGUCAGUUAAUAUAUCCAGUAAAGUACUGCUAAUACCUCUGAAAGUUUGCCAUUUUGGAUCCAUCUCUGAAUGUAAAACUUGCAGUUCACCUAGAUUACAAAACUGCCCAAUAGCAAGUGAAGGUCUUUAGAAUCAAUAGGCAUAAAUUUACUUUAAAUGUAAUUGGUACAGAUUUUUAAUUUGGGGAGUCUAUAUUUUAUGGCACUUAUAACAACUUCUAAGACACUAUAAUCAUUAUUAGAAUCGUGAUAUCUACCCCAGAAUUCCAGAAUUUUUGAGCCAGAAGGUACCUUCGGUUAGACAGAAGGACAGUCUGAGAUUCCUAGGGAGAUAGAAACCAGUCUUCAUGGCACCUUUCCAGCCAAGCUAAAUUCAUCCUUAACACCUGCAGUAACCUUUUUCUCGUGUUACAAGCCGAGUGCAGAAGAAAUAGGGAAAGAAUAAACAAGAGAGUAAAAAAAGAGGUAUAAGACAAAGCCCAGGCUUGUUUUAAGCCAAAACCAAAGAAUGGCGGAAGGGCCAGGAAGCCCACAGGCUGUCAGGCAGCAUUCUAUUCGUUUUCAUCAGCUCCACAUUCUACUACUGUUGUGUUUUCUUCCCCUUGACUUUAUGAGGUUCCCCCGGUGCUUAUUUCCCCUGCUGUUACCUGUAAAAUGGUCUUGUAGCAGAUGUCUGCGAUCUCCCUCACCUGUCACUUUGAUCGCACCAUCCGGCGCAUGCGGGCCUGACUUCCGGUCGUCACGUCAGCAUCUCUGUAGGGUCUUCCGGCCGUCAGAGCCAUCUUUGUGCGCCUGCGCGUGGCACGAUGGAUGAACAGCGAGCACAACACACCCCGGGAGCGGC